UCCGGGCAGGAGCUGGAGGAGAACUGUGUAGAAAGCUGAUCAGAGCUUUGUGUGAUGGAGAGAUCAGCUGGAGGAGGAGGAGCAGAGCGGCGGUAGAGGUACGCUAGGAGAUGCCGGACGUGCAGGAGCUGGCGCGCGCGCACGCGACCAAGGCGCUCCGGAGCGCGGCGGUGUGCGUGCUGCUGCUGCCGCGCUUCCUGCUCGCCGCGCUGCUCCUCUGGCUUCUAGACUUUCUGUGCAUUCGGCGAAAGGUGCUCGCGCGGAUGCGGGAACACGAGAGCGCGGACGGGGCGGACGGCGCUGACGAGCCGGCGGUGCGCGUGUCCGACUCGAACAGGAUGUUCACGCUGGCCUCGCUGCGCGCGGUGUGGCACGGCCACAAGCUGGACUUCUUCAAGACGGCGCGCGUCGGUGCCGCGGCUCCUAACAGCGAGGUGGUGCCGCUCGCCGAGCACAAGAGGGCGCGCAUCCUGGACUACGCGCGCGGCCGCCGGCCGCUCAUCCUCAACUUCGGCAGCUGCUCGUGACCGCCGUUCAUGCGGCGCCUGGCGGCCUUCCGCCGCCUCGCCGACCAGUACGCGGACAUCGCCGACUCGCUGCUCGUCUACAUCGAGGAGGCGCACCCGUCGGACGGCUGGGCGAGCUCGGACGCGCCCUACCAGAUCCCGCGCCACCGCUGCCUAGAGGACCGGCUGCGCGCGGCACAGCUGAUGAACGCCACGGUGCCCGGCAGCCUGGUGGUGGUGGACACGAUGGAGAACGCGGCGAACGCUGCGUACGGCGCCUACUUCGAGCGCCUCUACAUCGUCAAAGACGAGGUGGUGGUCUACCAGGGCGGCAGGGGUCCCGAGGGCUACCGGAUAUGCGAGCUGAGGAGCUGGCUCGAGAGGUACCGCAGCGAGCUGGACGGCUCCCGAGCCGUGGUCGUGCACGUGUAGGAGAGAAAAAAGAGCGAGAGAGAAAAAGAGAGCGAGAGAGAGAAAGAGAAAUAAAAACAUUGAGGACAUUGAGAAGUAUGUGUACACGGGUGGUGGAAGGGUGGUGGUGGGUGAUGGUGUUUCUGUUGUUGAUUGAUGUUGUUCUUAUUGUUGUUGUUGCUGUUGUUGUUCUUGUCAUCAGUGAUGCAAAAGCAACGCGUGAUAGCCCUCAUCGUCAUCAUCAUCAUCAUCAUCAUCAUCAUCUUCAUGCUCAUCCUCAUCCUCAGAGACUGGCGUUUUAUCAGAGUUCAGAUAAAACUAAUUGUAUGUUUGUUCAUGUUGAUCAUAUUUGUGAAUGAGCGGUUUAUUUUUGUAUGGUCUCUGUACUGCGUGACUGUGUGUGUUUGUUAAUAUGCAUGACUGUAUGUGUGUGAAUGAGGGGACUAUGUGUGAAUUUGUGUGCUAAGGUUGUGUGUGUAUGUGUGUGUGUGUGUGAGAGAGAGAGAGAGAGAGAGAGAGAGAGAGAGAGAGAGAGAGAGAGAGAGAUAAAGUGUGUAUGUGACCGUUAGGCUGUUUCACUGUACUCUGGUGUUGUAAUGAAGUUCGGUUUUUAAAAGGUUUUAAGCCAGAAAACCGCUACUGAUGUAUCUUGACACUGGAGUACUUGCUGACAGAACAAUGGUCUUGAUACUAAAUUGCCAAACAUUGUUUCGUAAAUUGUGUAUAUUUUAUUGAGCAAAUAUUUUUUAAAUAAAUAAUAGAAGACCCA